AUGCAAUCGAAAUAUGAUACGGAAAAGUUGAUCAAGGAUAUGGUGGGUGAUGCCAAGCUGAGUCAUUUUCAAAAGAAGGAAAUUAUGGAGUCUUACAAGUAUAAAUCAUCACUUCCGAGCACUGGGAUUGCCGUCUCGAAACAAAAAUCUAUUGAUGAUGCCAUGUUGUCUUACAAGUUGAGACAGAAGGAGGAGAAUAUAUUCCCUGAUACGAAUAGAGGGAAAUUUACAACAAAGAAGAAAAUGUUUGAGGAGUCUCUCUUUCAGAAGGAAGUGUUUAGACCUUCCCCAACUGUAGAUAGAGAUAGAGAGAAGAAUAUCUUGGCCACCUAUAACGAAUUUGGAGGACGAAAGAAUGUGCCUCAAGCAGUACUCAAAGGAAGAAUUGAUAAGCAAAUCGUUCCUUCCAACAAGCCUGUGGUUAAACAAAAAUCCAGGUUUGAAGAGAUUCAAGAGGAAAUUGAUGAGAGAGUUCAAUUUAUUGAACAUAUGGAAAAGUUGGGACCUAUGGAUAGAAGACAAAAGGAAAUUAUUCUCAGUCAAAUUGAUGACUACAUUAGAGAGUUGGAUUCAUUGCAAAAGUAA